AUUAAAUAACACGACAUCGUUUAGAAAUCAUCACAUAUAAAUACGGGUACGGAUACAGUGAAUUCAAAACUCUAUCUUGAAAGAAAUAAGACACAGAUGCACAGAGGAAACUUGCGAGAACGACAGAACGUAUACAGACUAUAUUGUUGAAAAUAUUAAAGCAGAUCGAGUUCUUAAAUUCAUACCAUUACACAGAGUGCAAGAUAAGUAAAUCCGACAGAAUGUCUAGAAACAUACUGAAAGUUCUAUUGUUGGUGGGUGCUGUGUUUGGCACGAAGGGAGAGAGGGGCGAUGAUUUUGGAACAGUAAUAGGAAUCGAUCUUGGGACAACUUAUUCGUGUGUCGGGGUCUACCAGAAAGGAGGAGUUGAAAUCAUUGCUAACGACCAAGGCAACCGAAUCACACCAUCUUACGUCGCGUUCACUGACGAUGGGGAACGGCUUAUCGGAGAUGCAGCGAAAAACCAGUUGACGUCAAAUCCGACGAAUACGAUAUUUGACGUCAAACGUUUCAUAGGACGAACCUGGGACGACCCCGUCGUGCAGAGAGAUAUGAAAUAUUAUCCUUUCAAAAUCGUAAAUGUUCACAAUAAACCGCAUGUACAGGUCAAAUCAGGAUCAGAGGUAAAAACGUUUUCCCCGGAAGAGAUUUCCGCUACGGUUCUUCGGGAGAUGAAGAAAACUGCUGAGUCAUACCUUGGGCAAAACGUGACGCACGCGGUUGUGACUGUGCCUGCCUACUUUAAUGACGCCCAAAGACGUGCUACAGAAGACGCUGGGAAAAUUGCAGGCCUUAACGUCUUGAGGAUUCUAAACGAACCAACUGCAGCUGCUCUUGCGUACGGACUUGACAAAAGAAGUAAGGACGAACAGAAUAUACUUGUCUUUGAUCUUGGAGGCGGUACCUUUGAUGUUUCUUUGCUUACAAUUGAUAAUGGGGUAUUUGAGGUACUUGCCACUAACGGCGACACACAUCUUGGAGGGGAAGACUUCGACCAGAAAGUGAUGGACUAUUUCAUUAAGCUGAUAAAGAAAAAGACAGGGCGUGACGUACGUACAGAUACACGUGCAAUUCAGAAAUUACGCCGAGAAGUUGAGAAAGGAAAACGUGCAUUGUCGUCAACCCAUCAGACUGUAAUUGAGAUCGAGUCUCUAUUUGAAGGAAACGACUUCCGGGAAACACUUACACGUGCCAAGUUCGAAGAGCUAAAUAACGAGUUGUUCCGUUCGACGUUAACUCCAGUAGGGAAAGUUUUAAAGGAUGGCGGAAUAAAGUCUUCAGAAGUCGAUGAGAUAGUUCUUGUAGGAGGGUCUACAAGGAUACCAAAAGUACAAGAACUUGUGAAGCAGUUCUUCAGUGGAAAGGAACCAAACAGUGGAAUAAAUCCUGACGAGUCUGUAGCUUACGGUGCAGCUGUACAAGGUGGUAUCCUUGGCGGAGUGGAUGAUGACAAUAUUGACCAACUAAUCGUAAUUAAUGUCAACCCUCUCACUCUCGGGAUAGAGACUGUAGGUGGAGUGAUGACCAAACUUAUAGAGCGAAACUCACCUGUACCGACUAGAAAGUCGCAGAUAUUUUCAACAGCUGCUGAUAACCAGCCUGCAGUAUCCAUACAAGUGUUUGAAGGUGAGAGAACUAUGACCAAGAAUAACAACCUUCUAGGAAAAUUUGACUUGACAGGAAUACCCCCUGCCCCAAGGGGUAUUCCACAGAUAGAAGUCUCAUUUGAGAUUGACGCAAAUGGUAUUUUAAGCGUAAGUGCAGAAGAUAAAGGAACGGGACAGAAGAACAAUAUUGUGAUUGAAAACAAUCAGAACAGACUGUCAGAAGAGGAAAUUGAACGAAUGAUUAAAGACGCUGAUAAGUACGCGGAAGAAGACAAAAUUUUAAAAGAAAAAAUAGAUGCAAGAAAUGAAUUGGAAAGUUAUAUAUAUUCUUUGAAAAAUCAGAUAAAUGACUCGGAAAAGCUUGGUGGUAAAUUGUCAGCAGACGAUAAAACUGUGAUUGAGAAUGAGUUAAAUGACCAAGCUGUUUGGUUAGAAAAUAAUUCAGAUGCCGAAACAGAGGAGUAUAAAGAGCAAAAGAAACAAUUAGAUGAUGUUGUACAACCUAUUGUGAAACAUUUAUACGAAAAUACGGGUAACAGUUCUGAACGUGAAGAAUUGUAAUUUGAAAAUUAUAAUCCUGAUAUCUGUGAUGUUUAAAACUCUUAUUUAGGUGUUGUUUUGUAUACAUUUGUAUUGUCAUUGUGUAAAACACGUUGUUGUUGUUUUGUUUUGUUUUUGACGUGGAUUGCUCAUCUUCAGUACGGGUUUCACAUGUGCAAUUUAUUAAACCCAUAUACACUGCCAGAUAGUGUGUAUAAUUGUUGAUAAGUGACAAUGAGUUGAAACAAGUUACAAUGAGUAGGUAUAAGUUACAGUGAGUAGAUAUAUCGUCACCUUAGCGCAAAAGGUGAAUAUGUUCUUCUUUAAGCCAAUGGAGUUAUCCACUUUUUGCACUGAGGUGACGAUAUGUCAUGAACUAUAUGACUUACGUUUUUCUAGUGUAGAAAUCAAUGUUUAUUUGUCGAAAAUGUUAAUUCAAUAAUUAUAAAUGUAUGUUCUAGAAUGCAAAUUUACAUAUUAAUUCGUGAAUAUAAAUGUCAUGAUCUACUUAAAUUUUAAAAUCAUUUAAUGUAUUUUUGCAAAUAAAUUGCACUUUAAAAAUAAAAUGUUUAUAUUUUAA